AUUGGCCGCCGCGCCUGUCAAUCAUCUCCGAGGCUGCGCUCGUUAUCAAGGCAGAUUAUGAAGCAGCAGCGUUCAGCAUCAUCUAUGACAGACUCAUCUGGAUGAUACAUGGCAUCAACGCGGCGCCCAAUGUCUCUUGCGUUAUUUUCCUUUGUAUUUUCCUUCCUGCAGAUAUCCUCGUCUUAUGAGCAGCUGUCUGCCUUUGUGGAAGGAAGCUCAGAUGAUGCACCAUCCCAAGACAUCAGAUUCCAACAAAAUGAGGUGGACGCUGACGGCUCCGUGUUUGCGGCUGAAGUGCGUCUCAGACGAGCGCUGCAGGCGUACGCAUGGCCGCUUCACGCUCCUCCACGCAGGAAGUUGCUUCAGUCUCGAGGAAUGUUGCUGUAUUCUCCUCUGAGUGUUUCUUACAACGGAAAGACCUGCAUCCUCUUCAGAGCCCGCAAACUGGCCAUCAGGUACAGGAAUCACAGUUUAGUGGACCUCACAGAGAGGACCUUCAGCCCAGAUGCACCGGUGGACACCAAAGGCUCCUUCUGCAGCAAAGACAAAGCCAUACUCAAUCUACGUUUCGGCGAUGUGGAAGAUCUAAGAGGCCUCGCUAUCAGACUACAGAUGUCAAACACAUUCUACGAGUCUGCGGGACAGAACUGGUUCACUCUGGAUAAUGUUUACAUCCAUUAUAACUGGACACACGAGGCCGUGUUCAACGCUACAGAUGUGUACGCGCCCUCCACCAACUCCUAUCACUGCCAGCACGUCAGCAGUCUGCAGAAGUACGACACGCUGCUGGUGCCCAGCGCCAACACUGACAACGCCGCAAGCUGGCACAUAACCUUCACUGACUUCCAGAUCCAGGCGUUUAACGUUCAGUCCAGUAAGUUUGCGGCGGCCAGUGACUGCGCAACCUUCUUCACUCCUGCCAUCCUGAUGGGUCUGAUCACGUCUCUGAUCCUGCUCCUGGUGCUGGCCUAUGCGCUGCACAUGGUGGUUCACCUGAAGCACAUCGACCGCUACGAAGAGCACAAGACCACCGUCUACUUCCCUCGCAGCACAGAAGCAGAGAGCACAGAGAAGAACAACCUCUAGAGUCCCGAGAGAGACGGACACUUCUGUGACUGUGAGCUCUGGAGGCCGGACGGGAAGAAAACUCUCAUCCGAGCAGAGAAUCAGAGCUGUUUGGGACUGACUGCACCACGGCAGUGACAUCAUUGUGGUGGGACAGUGGAAGUCCGAAUCAGGUUCCUUCGAGAGCUUUACAGGCUCAGCAUACCGGAGGAUUGGAAGAUAUCCACCUGUUCUCACCAAAAAUCUAGGAAUUAAACAUUCAGCAUCAGGUUACAUGAGGGGAAGGAGAUCUUCAGAUGUUUGAAUGCAAUUCAAAAUAACACAAUAAUUAAUAUAUCUUGCAUUUGCAUCGUCUUAGCUUCUGUUUGACUGCUAAGGACCAGAUUUAACUUCAGUACUGAUGCUUCUUUGAAGUCAAUAUAAAAUGGUGUUUCGCAAGCAAUUUCGCAGUUGUAAUUUUACAUAUUUGCGAAUAAAACAUCUUGAUUUUUUUCAUCUGGAACUGAUUGGAUGAUAUUAUGGAAGAGCAUUUCUGCUACAGAAUUGAAAAUGUCAAAAAAAAGAUAAUUGCGACUUUUCACAAUUCUGAAUUUAUAUUUGAGGUAAAAAAGACAGAACUGAGAAAUAUAAACUUUAUCUUUAUAUCUUUCAAUUUUAACUUUUUUUCUCUUAUAAUUCUGACUGUUUCUCUGAAUGUGUAACUCAUAAUUCAGAGUUUAUAUCUCCCAAUUUUGAGUUUGUCAUAACGUUCUAAGUUUAUAUCACACUUAUGUUUAUAUCUCAGUUGAGUUUUUAUCUCACAAUUGAGUUAUCUUACAAUUGUUUAUAUCUCCCAGUUGUUUUGUUUAUAUUUCACAUUACUGAGUUUUUAUAUUGCAAUUAUGUUUCGCGAGAAAAAUUAAGUUGAAUCAAGAUAAACUGCUAGAAAAAAACUUCUGAAUUAUGAAAUAAGAAGUCUCAAUAACUUUUAAAUAUUUUUUUAUCCUGUGAUGGAAACCAUAGGAUGGUGAACAACAAGCACAAUCAAUCAGAAUAAAUCCAGGAAUGUGUAUUAAGAGAGUAUUUUGAUUUCAUGUUGACUUCGAAGUUUUAAACUGUGAAUAAACCAUAUGUAAUAUAGUUUCAAUUUGUGUAUCAAUGAAAGAGAUGGGGAAAAAAAAUGCUUUUCCCCAUUGAUUAUGAAAUUGGUGCUGAUAAGGAAAAACUAAAACUCAAACUAAUAUUCAAACAUACUGUGUGAUGGUUUCAAUAAAGUGUGUAA